UAGGCAGAAGACCAGUCCAUGUUGUUAGGUACGCCAUUUUGUCUGUUUAUUUUUCACGAUCGUCUUGUUGUAUUACCUGAAUUAUGGCUGACGUUGAAGUAGCAGAGCAACCUCCACCAGCGAGUAAUACAUAUGUGAUAAGGCCAAAUUUUCAACACAAAUUUCGACCAGUAUCUGUGAAAGAGUGUAUUCAUGCUGUGUUAAAUGAGCAUUUAGAUGGUAAAACAUACGAUCCAGAGGAAAUAAUGGACUGGACAAAAACAAUCUCUGAUGAUAUUAAAACAAAACUUAAAGAUAUGGGAUAUGAUAGAUAUAAGUUUGUUGUUCAAGUUGCUAUAGGUGAACAGAGAGGAGAGGGUGUAAAGUAAGGUUCCAUUUAUUUAAUAAUCAAUAAACACAAAGUCAAUUAUAUUUUGUCAUAUUCUUAUAACA